AUGCAGAUACUUUCUUUCAGCUCGCAGCGACUUUUCUUCGACGCCAGCGCCGAGAACCAGAGCUAUGACAUUGUUGCCACCAACAACACCGACGAGCAUGCCUAUUUUAAAGUCCGGACAAACAACCCCCGCCAGUACUUCGUGCGCCCCUCCCUCGGGUCCAUCCCCCCCAAUGGCUCGCAGGUGAUUUCUUUCGUCCUCGUCCACGGAGUAACCCCCCAGCCGGACCACCGUGACCGCUUCAUCAUCCUGGCCGCCCCGAUCUCCAAGGAGCAGCAUGAUGCUCGCCAGGCCUCUGGUGCUGACAUCUGGGAGGAUGUUAGCAAGGCUUACCCCGACUUCCAGAAGACCAAGAUGGACGUCAAGAUCCAGUUCCCCACUGAGGCCGACGCCGCUGCCAAGAAGGCCGACGCCGCUGCCAAGCCCGCUGCCACUGCCUCCGGCUUCCAGGCCACUCCCGCCUCCUCAGAUGCCACCCUGCAGCAGCGCAAGCCUGCCACCGGCGCCGCCAAGCCCGCUGACGCCCAGGUUUCCUCCCGCGCCCCUGCCAGCACCGCGACCACCGUCACCAAGAAGUCCGGCACCAGCCCCAUGCUGUUCAUCCUGCCGCUGGUCAUCCUGCUCGGUAUUGCCGCUGCCUACUUCUUCAAGUUCAAGUGA